CCCAAGUGUCAAACGAAGCGCAGAUCUAUCGACGCUUCACUCAUCUCUCCGUUCCCAGCCCAAGCUGCCUUGUUUCGCACACUGGCUGGCGAGAGCGGGCAUCGAUGUCUGUGUUUGGUGAGUGUCGGUCCGUCGAUGACUUCGAGAAGCUCGUAAGCGCACAAGCCAACCGACUCAGGCGGAUCCUGAAUUCAUGCUCAUCAUUUCUUGCCUGCUGCCGCUCUGAUGUGGUUCUCAGAAUCGUGUUGGCGAGGGCACCUACGGCACUGUGUAUCGCGCCAAGGACCGGCGGAGUGGCGAAAUAGUGGCGCUCAAGAAGGUGCGGCUGCACAGCGAGAAGGAGGGCUUUCCGCGGACGGGCGUGCGCGAGAUUCGUAUAUUGCGGUCACUUCAGCACCCCAAUGUGGUGCAGCUCAGGGAGGUCACGGUCGGCGCACAAAUGAACAGCAUUUUCCUGGUGAGCGAGUAGGUGCGACGGGAGUGAAGGACGCAUGCUGGUGAUGUGUGUAUCGUCUGGCACUGCUGUUUUGAUUGAGUGCGUGUGCGUGUGUGUGUGUGUGAGUGUGCAGGUCUUUGAGUACUGCGAGCAUGACCUGGCGACGUUGCUGGAUAACAUGUCUUCUCCAUUCUCUCACGCAGAGAUCAAGUGUCUGUUGCUGCAGCUGCUGCGGGCCAUCCAGCACCUGCACGACAACUUCAUCAUUCAUCGGGACGUCAAGCUAUCCAAUCUCCUCCUCAACAACAAGGGCACCCUCAAACUCGCUGACUUCGGACUCGCCAGGUAGACAAAUCACACGCAGCCCAGCCGAUUGGUCUCUUGAUUGUUGUGCUUGUCCGUGCGUGAAUGUAGGGAGUUCGGUUCGCCUUCCGAGCCAGCGACGCAGAAUGUGGUGACGCUGUGGUAUCGUGCGCCCGAACUGCUGUUUGGCGCGCCGUCGUACAGCAUGGCCAUCGACAUGUGGGCGGUGGGCUGCAUCUUCGGCGAGCUCCUCUACCACCAACCAAUACUGCCCGGCAAGAACGAAUCACAACAGGUGUGUAUGUGUAUGCACUACAUAUGGGAGAUAUGGAACUGACGUCAUUCAAUGUGCUGUCUGUUGUUUGGCUCAUUCACUCAUUCAUUCAUCAGGUGCAGUUGAUAUGCAAUCUGCUGGGCACGCCCAAUCCCAAGAUCUGGCCGGAGAUAUCCAGCCUCCCCAACUACCGCAAGUUCACACUGCCGCAGAACCAAGUGAGCCACACUCACACGGCAGUGGACAGAUGUGUGUGUGACGGCAUCCUGUGCUUUUGUCUGGCUCAGUACAACAAUCUGUCUGUGCGAUUCCCCGACGAGAGCGCCAACUGUCUGGACCUGCUCAACAAAAUGCUCACAUUCAACCCCGACAAACGCAUUUCAGCCCGCGAAGGUCCACACACACGCACACACAUUAUUGUCGCGUUCACCGUCACCGCCCCCUUCUCGUCGUGUGUGUGUGUGUGGCUUUCUCUCUCUGUCAGCUCUGAAGCACCCGUAUUUCACGGAGAAGCCCCUGCCUCGCGAGCCGUCGUGGAUGCCCACCUUUAAGGAGCAUCGCAACGAGCCACUACCAUCCAUGCAUGCAGCUGCCGCCGGCCCCGCACUGCCCCUGAAGCGCAAAGGCAGAUCGCCUUACAGGGAGGAGAGGGAGACUGUGGUGGCGCCAUCAAACACAACCACCAAGUGAGUGUGGGGCAGGCCACAGAGAGGCAGAGGGACCAUGUUUGCAUCAAGGACGGCUGUGUUGUGUUGGCAUUUAUUGUAUGCAGGGCACAGUUGUUGGCGGCAGCGGCAGCGCGCAAAGCGAGCAAAGGCGGGUUCUUCGGAUGAUGAAUCGUGUGCGGCUGGCCCGUGUCUGGAUGCUGAUGGUCCUUUUUGCGCCGAUGGCCGCGUCAGUCUUUAUCCGUCUCCUGUACAGCAUCUGUGUCCUUGCUGACGAUCAGCUGGUGCCACCAGGUGUAGUCUGUCUUGGCGCUGUGCGUGCAAGGGGCUGAGGAGCCGCACCUUAUGUCGCGAGCAGCACCGUGGCAGAGUUGACCUGGCGGCUGCAGCGCAUGACCGACUCCAUGACCGACUCGCGUGCUACUGACUGUCUGGUGAUAGUUCUGUGUGAAAAGAACUAUGUUGAUGAUGCGCCUUCUGUCCUCGUAAAAGGUGAUUCAAUCGUCGAGUUCUAGAUGAGUCUUUUAGCCAGACUGCCCAAUCCAGCGCCACAGAUGCACACAGACAGUGAGUCCAUCCAUCCAUUCCCCACCCAUCAGACUCCAAACACUCGCAGC